CUCGCGCGGGCGUCUCACUCAAGCCACGCGCUGCCCUGAGAGAACAUUGUGGUCUUCGCUCUCGGACCCUUUUUCCUCACAUUCUAACCAAAAUGGAGAAAAAGAGCGAAAUUAACGGCCACGCCAUGUCUGCUGCUGCCGAGCGGCCCUCGGAGAAAGAAGCCCACAGGAGCGCGAAGGAGAAGCUGCUGGCGUUCCUGGGCAAGAACCUGCUGGUCCUCAUGACGGUGUCGGGGGUUGCGGUGGGCGUGGGGCUGGGCAUGACGGUCCGCCACAUGGAGCUGACCAAGGCGCAGGUGACCUACUUCGCCUUCCCGGGCGAGAUGCUGCUCCGCAUGCUGAAGAUGAUCAUCCUGCCUCUGGUGGUCUGCAGCCUCGUGUCCGGCGCCGCCAGCCUGGACACGCGCUCCCUGGGCAAACUGGGCGGCAUCGCGGUGGGCUACUUCCUGGUCACCACGCUCAUCGCUUCUGGCAUCGGCGUCGCCUUGGCGUUCAUCAUCAAACCCGGCGUGGGCGCGGGCUCGCUCAACACCAACACGCUCGGUCUGGAGAGCAUCAGCAACGAUAAGGAGACCGCGGACUCGUUUCUGGACCUGGCCAGGAACUUAUUCCCGUCCAAUCUGGUGGCUGCUGCUUUCCGCUCUUAUGCCACCGGCUACAAGAUGGUUGCUUCAGGCAAUGACACCAAUGGCACUACCCUCUACCAAAAGGUGCCUGUUGGGACAGAAGCAGAUGGCAUGAACAUCCUGGGUCUGGUGUUAUUUGCUAUGGUGUUCGGUGUGGCACUGAGGAAGCUUGGAGAUGAGGGCGAGGAACUUAUCCGUUUCUUCAAUGCCUUCAACGAGGCAACCAUGGUACUGGUGUCUUGGAUCAUGUGGUAUAUUCCCUUCGGCAUCAUGUUCCUGGUGGCCAGUAAGAUUGUGGAGAUGGACGAUGUGGUUUUAUUGGUCGCUAGCCUGGGAAAGUACAUCUUUGCUUCCAUUCUGGGCCAUAUCAUCCACGGCGGAAUCAUCCUGCCACUCAUCUACUUCGGCUUCACACGCAAGAACCCCUUCAGUUUCCUGUCUGGCCUCAUUACGCCCUUCACGACCGCCUUCGCCACCUGCUCCAGCUCAGCAACUCUUCCCUCCAUGAUAAAGUGUGUGGAGGAGAACAACGGCGUGGACAAACGCAUUAGCCGCUUCAUCCUGCCCAUUGGUGCCACAGUUAACAUGGAUGGAGCGGCCAUAUUCCAGUGCAUCGCUGCUGUCUUCAUCGCUCAGCUCAACAACGUCGAGCUUGAUGCUGGACAGAUAUUCACUAUCCUGGUGACAGCCACCGCCUCCAGUGUUGGUGCAGCAGGCAUCCCAGCUGGUGGCAUCAUCACCAUUGCCAUCAUCCUGGAGGCCAUCGGCUUGCCGACCAAUGAUCUGUCCCUCAUGUUGGCUGUUGACUGGAUUGUGGAUCGUACCACCACAGUGGUCAACGUGGAAGGCGAUGCUCUGGGUGCCGGGAUCCUGCAUCACAUCAACCAGCAGGAGAUGAAAAGGCAGCAGGAGGGGGAGGAAGGAGGUGAGCUGUCAGAGGUAAGGGUGGAAGCAGUGGUCAACAUCCAGGCAGAGGAGGAGACCUCACCUCUUGUCAGUCACCAAACCAAAACCCCGGAGGCUACACCGGAAGCCAUUGAGUCAAUCCUGUGAGCUUGUUUUUCUUUUGGAUUCAUAGCGUUGAUGUUGGAACACUAAUCUGACAGAUGAGUGAAACAAAUCAAGUCUGUCGGGAGCCUGUAAAUGCACACGUCACUGCCGGUUUUAUGGACUUAGUAGUAAGGUCAGAUUAGUGAGUUAAACAACUUUGCUUCAUGCGUUCACAUUAUGUAUAAACUGUACCUCAAACA